GCGCACUGCUGCGCUCUACCGACUCCUGUCGUUCUCGCAUCGCAGGUGUCAACUGAGCGAGCGUCUCUGUUGCAGCUGCGAGUGAGCAAACCUCUCUGUCCCAGCGAAAAUAUAUCAGUCCUACGGAGCGGGCGGGCGGGACAGAUCGGACGGCCUGAAAAUGUCCGAAUGAGACCGUGAGCCUGUGUCUGUUGCCAGGGCAGGUUUAAGCGGAGAAGAGGGCGGCUUUCCGGGCUGUAGACAGCGGGCUCGCUGAGCGUCUUCAGCGGGGAGCGCUGCGGUCCUGCCGCCGCCGCUGCUGCUACAAUGUUCGUGCAGGAGGAGAAGAUCUUUGCAGGCAAAGUCCUGAAGGUCCACAUAUGUACCAUGGAGGGCACUGAGUGGCUGGAGGAAGUCACGGAAGACACCACUAUAGAGAAACUCAAGGAGAAAUGCUUAAAGCAUUAUGUCCAUGGAAGUCUAGAGGAUCCUAAAACUCUUACACAUCACAAACUCAUUCAUGCUGCCACUGAGAGAAUUCUCACAGAAUCCAAAACAGUUGCUGAGGAAAAUCUUAAAGACAAAGACUGCUUAUUAUUGAUAAAGAAAAGACCUCCACCGGCUCCACCAAAAAUGGCCGACAUAUCUUCUGAAGAGAAGAAGAAGCAAGAGAACAAAGCACCAGAUAAGGAGGCCAUCCUCAAAGCCACAGCAAACCUGUCCACUCGUAACACUGACCGCACUGUAACUCAACACAAUAUCAGAGAUUUUCAAACAGAGCUGAGGAAGAUUCUGGUCUCACUUAUUGAAGUGGCUCAGAAGCUGCUGGCUCUGAAUCCAGAUGCUGUUGAGCUCUUCAAAAAGGCCAAUGCCAUGCUGGAUGAGGAUGAGGAGGACCGUGUGGAUGAAACGGCCCUGCAGCAGCUGACUGAGAUGGGUUUCCCUGAGAGUCGUGCUGUGAAGGCUCUGCGCUUAAACCACAUGUCUGUGACCCAGGCUAUGGAAUGGCUGUUUGAGCAUGUGGAUGACCCCAUGGUUGACACUCCUCUGCCUGGACAGGACACCCCAGGGGCGGCGGCCGCUGCAGCUGCAGCCCCUGCCCCAGCUCCCUCUGCCACAGCUUCAGGAGCCCGGGCACGUCUGUCCUCCCAGGCCAGCCUAGAGGAGGCCAGACAAGAUGAACUGACAGAGAUCUUCAAACGGAUCAGGAGGAAAAGAGAGUUCAGGCCUGACUCACGGGCAGUCAUUGCGCUAAUGGAGAUGGGCUUCGAUGAGAAGGAGGUGAUUGAUGCCCUUCGCGUCAAUAAUAAUCAACAGGAUGCAGCUUGUGAAUGGCUGCUUGGUGACAGAAAGCCCACCCCUGAGGAUCUGGACAAGGGCAUUGAUACCAACAGUCCCCUGUUUCAGGCCAUCCUGGAGAACCCCGUUGUACAGCUUGGUCUCACAAACCCCAAGACUCUUCUAGCAUUUGAGGACAUGCUGGAGAACCCGCUGAACAGCACGCAGUGGAUGAACGAUCCUGAGACAGGUCCUGUCAUGCUCCAGAUCUCCAGAAUCUUCCAGACACUCAAUCGCACGUAAAACACACCUCAUCUGUGGAGCGGCUAGAACCACAGCAUAGGGAAAAAGGUCAAUCAUUUAGAAGAGAAGUGUGUGUGUGUGUGUAUAGUUUGUUUGUGUGUGUGUGUGUGUGUGUGUGUAUGUGACAUAACUAUUGUUUUAAGUGGAGAAGUCACAGAAGAUGAAUGUAAAAACACAAUGACAUUUUCACAUCAUGUUAAACAGAGGAAAAUAUCUAUUUAUAACUGCACAACACUUGUAUAAAUACAAUGUAAGCAGUAACUUGAUAAAUAGCUAACUCCAUUAUUUAGUUUUUUAUGUUUUAAUAAGAUCCGUUUUUAAUUAUAUUAAGCACAUUACUUUAUUUUAUAUAAUUUCUCUAUAUAAUUGUACAAUUGGACAUCUAAAAAAAAAAAAAAAGACAAGAAAAAAGAAAAAAAUCAUCAGAAGCAAUUUUCUAUGUUUUUUUGUGCUCAAAGAUCAAAUUUCAACCAAAUUAUGUAACACAUGGUACACUUGUCAUAACUGAAUGUUUCUACAGGGAGAUAAACAAUGUGUCUUCAGUUGUUUUUAUUUUCAGCUCAAAAAUGAAAUCGUUUAUGUAUUAGAUUAUAAGUUCCUUCCAAAAACAUCAAAUGAAGGUACGUUUUGAGGGAAAGCAAAGCAAGCACCAGCAGUUUUUUGGCAACUCCUCAUUUGCAGAUUAUUCAAGCUUUGUGGUUUCAUUGACACUACACACAUUUCUGUGAUGUUGUGGUGACGCAAUAGCAAUUUGCAUCCCCUUACGGACACAGAGACAUGAUAGAUAAUCAAAUCCAACCUGAUCUCUUUGUUCCUCGUAUCUCUUUCACUCUUCUGAUCUAUAAAAAGACUAUUCAGGUGGAUUCAUCUGUCUAAAUGGACACAAGUCAGUUUAGAACAGAGCUGGUAUAAAUGAGUACUGGAUCAUUAUCUUCGUUUUCUCCCAGUAGCUCCUGCAUCAGGGGUUUCCAAGUAUUACAGUACUUUAAUCCACCAUCAUGAUCAAGCUGCUGCCUCUGAUCUCACUCGCAUCCCUGCACGUUCAAUGUGAGUCUUACUUUACAUCAUUAGCAGAGGCUGGACAGACUUUAGUUUGUACUAACUCAAAUAAAAUGACUCUUAUUUUAUGGAUUGGUUCUACUACACGGUAUGUUUGCUUCAAGUUGUUUGUGUUCAAUGACACAAGUAUGAAUUACAUGUGCUCUCAGUGUCAUCACAGUUCUCUUAUGUCACUUUUUACAGUGCACUUUCUAGUUUGCACAGGAAAUUCAGACUGCAUUCAUAGUACACAACAUUAUUUUAAAUGAUAUAUAGAAGAUGAAAUAUGUUUUUUUUUUUCUUCUUUUUCUUUUGGCCAAGCGUGGAGUGUUUCCAUUCAAUAUUUGAAUCGUGUUGGUGUGAAGUGUGUGCUCAGGGGUUUCUUAGCCAUACCGGGCAAAUAUCUGCUAUAUAGUAAUGCCUACUUUAUCAAUACAAAUAACAGUAGUUUAGUGAUUGCAUUAUCAGAGAACUCUAUGAAUAUAUCUGAAAACUUAACUCUUUAAAUGAAGACUUACUAUCCUUGUGUAAUAUUUAUUUUGAGGCCAAAUAUAACCAAUCAUGAAACCAUCCCUAGAGAGAUUGUCAUUAUAAUACAGUUUUAGAAGACCUCACCAAUUGCAAUGUUCACUUCACUGUCUGAGUGGCUUCAAAUGUAGGUAAAGAUUGUGUUGAACACGUAUAGCAUUUGAAAUCAGAUCAUCUCCAUUGUCUUGAGAACAAGUUUGGGUCUUAAGAAAUGUAGCUUAUAUUGUUGUGGGGGACUAGAGAGUACAGGCUUCUAUGCAAUUAAUUUUUGUUGUUGUUGCCUCGACAGAAAAACAACAGGUUUCAGUAUCAUGAUGCAUUUGUGGUAUUUGAGUAAUUGAUGUGCACUUUCAUAUCAUAUCUUAUUUUUGAUUUGAAUCAAAUUUUGGUUUCAUCAUGGCUAAGCUCUGUGAAGUAGAAAGUGCUGUAUGAUUUCAGUAUUUUAAAAUGUUUGAUGCUUAUUCAUUUACUGUUUAGAAAUGCUUAUAUGGUUAAACAGUGUCAUUUUGGAAUCUGGAUUUUCAUUGUCCUAAUGCCAGUGUGCUGAAUACCUUAAAAUGAUCAUUGAUCAGUUGAUCAUUGUUACAGAUUUUGUUUCAUUUUUUUUUUCUCCCUCAUUUUAAAAAGGCUAUCCGGUCACAGAAGUUAUGAUGAAAUAUCUUGAAGGUUUGGUGCUCUUGUGUUCUCAUUUUAAUUUUGUGUCCUUGCUCUGUGUGCAAGUUCAGUUUCACAUAAGGCCCCUACAGUUUGAGAGUUGAAAUGUAACUUUCUCAAUCCACUUGUUGAAAAGCCUUUCAUGACAAAUAAUAAAAAAAAGUUUUGAAA